UGUGAGGGCAGGCAGGCCACACUGUAGGACUUCUCACUCAGUGCGCCGCAGAGGCUCGGCUGACUGAUGGGCAGAGCAGAGCAGCACAGGGAAGGACCGUGCGACGCCAGCAGGGACCGCCAGUGGCAUGCUGUUGUGUUCUCAACUGUUCAACACAGGCAGGUUAGUCCUGGACUCCUUGCUCUGAGUGACCCCUCCUGCUGCUUCACUACUGUUUGUCUCUCUCGCCUCCCACGCUACGCUCUGUACCUGCUUGUCUACGCUUCGCUCCCCGCCUUUCACGGUCUCCUGCACCCGCUGUCCAUCUGACGUCACGCGCAAGCAGGUUGCUCUGCUCUCUGACGCUACGAGCUCCGAGACUGGUCUGAGCGCCAUGGCGGAUGAAGUGUCGCUCGCUGAGCAGGAGGCUCGCUUGAAGAAGAAGUACGGCGGGGCUCUGCCAAAGAAGAAGGGGCUGCUCUCCAAGGGUCACGAGAGAGCGUUUUUCGACUCGGCCGAGUGGGCCAUUCAAAAGCAGCAGCAAAAGGGCGCCAAGCCAGCAGCGCCGGCAGAGGAGGGCCUACAGCCGAAGCUAGAGCCCACCCCUCAUCUACCUGCCCCGGGUCGUCGCUCCGGACUGGCUGAAAGUGACACUUGACUUGGCGCUUGCCCUGGUGCUCUGCACAUAUACAUGGCAGCAGGGGGCUGAUCAGCCGUUGCACCAACCCCGGUUCGCCCCUUCUGCACUACCCAUGGCCAUGACCCUCAUACCCCUCUCAUCUCAUGGCCCUUCCCGUGGCUCAUCCUCUGGCUGCCAUUGGUGUCCGUGGCUCCUGGACUGCCACUCACAGGGCGUUCCUCUUCGUCCACACAUGACAAUGGCAGACCUGACAGCCUUUUUCUUCGUUACUCAUGGCCCUUUCCUGUACAGUUCUCCCUGUACCACUACUGUUGGAAGCAUUGGCUAAAAGAUUGCAAAAAUGUUGAUUGUAAAAAUCAGGCAGAGAGCAAUUGUACCUGUCCACAACCCUGAUUGAUGAGCAGCUGCAC